CGUGUUGCGGAGUGAAAUGUUUUUGUUGAUGCCACACAACUCGCUGGUAAAUGUUUGCAUCAACUAGAGUGGUCAGUACGAAGGAAACAAUGUGUCAUCUACAGUAAGAUUUAAUCGGAGCAAGAUUGUUCGGUGCCGAGCGUAAAUAGCCCUCCACAGAAUACAACAGAUAAAAAGACGCACACUGCGGUAAUAGGUAUGGUAUGCAGCAGCUGCGAAAAUAUAACUGGCCGGCAAAAAUGCAAUCAAUGCGAGCGAAUUGAUACAUCAAGGAUUCUAUGUUAACCGUGAAAACGAGCAGCGAUCAUCGAGAAAAACCAUCGUCAUUGUUCGCAUAAGAAAGCGCCGCGCUGCGCAAUAUUUGGAGCGGAAACGGUGAAAAACUACGCUCGACUCCACCGAUUGUUCGAGAACUGUGGAACAUUACAGCAUGACGGUAGUGUAUCCGCGGAAAAUGUUGGCCCAAUUCCAUCCGUACCAUGGUCAAAACAUCAUUCUCUUCAACGAGAAUACGGUGGCGUACCGAAAGGCCAGCUUUGGCAACGCACUAACUUUCAGUGAGAAACCACUACAACCAGGAGAAAUCUUUCUGCUCGAAAUAGAGAAGAAUGAACGAGGCUGGAGUGGUCACAUGCGCUUGGGUCUCACGCAACUUGACAUCAAACCCACUUCCACGCUUCAGUAUGCUCUGCCGGAUCUGGCGAAUCUAGGCUCGAGUUGGGUUUUUCCGAUCACACGCUCUGUCGGCAAUUCGGUGUUGAAGAGUAACAUACUUGGCGAUGGCAUUAACGUAAAAACUUCGCGGGGCGUCUUUCCGCGCAGUCUAUUAAAGCCCAUCACGCAAGAUGGGGCAAGCGCCGACAUUCUGCCAACGGACACAAACUCGCGGAUCGGUGUGGUGUUUGUGCCGAGUGAGCACGAGGCUGACAAGGCGGAAAUGCACUUUAUCAUAAACGGCGAGGACCAUGGACCGUGCACGCAUGACAUCCCGUAUACGAAGGGUGCCUUGCACGUCGUUGUCGAUGUCUACGGCACGACCAAGCAGGUGAAAAUCAUUCAGCUGUACGGCAUAACGACGCUACAGGGAGCCUGUCGCGACGCGAUAUUGGCACGUGUGAAAAAGUCCUCCAUUCCGGACCUGCCGCUGCCGGAAAGUCUGAAAAAUUAUUUGCUACAGUACGGCUUGUAAAUUGAGUGGAACGCAUAAAUUCGUGCUGUUUGACUUUUGCCGAGAGAAAUGCAAAUCGCUCCAUUUAUUUCUUCCUUUUUGAACAUUGUGGUUUUGUUUGCUAAGUGGGUUCCAAACCUACGAAAUUGUGGAUAACAGAUGGGUGAUUCCCCGUUAAGUCGAGUGUUGAUAUUAAGUAGAUUAUAAGGUAUAAUACCAAUAUACUAACGCGAGUGUACAUUAACAAAUGCCCGCUAAUUAGUAGCUAGCCAACGUUCCCUGGACAUGCUUUUGUAGAUUCCAUCUUUGAACGGUUUUGCGGGUUCUAACGACUUUAGCUAAGGUUAGCGAAAUCAGACAGAUGCCAGGGUGAAUGCAUAGGUUUUGCAAAAAGAUCUUUCGAGGGGCCACCCAUGGAAGGAUCGGUCCCCAUCAACUUGUGAAUAGACUAAAAAAAGAAGCCGGCAUAGGAUGGUUCAUCUCUCGAUUGCUGUACAGAUAAAUAGUAACGCAGGGACGCAUUCGUAAAGGCAACCAAACACACCCAGUGUAAUCAUUUUGUGAAUUUGUUUACCGAUACCUUUUAUAUAGUCAGUAAUAAAUAUAUAAAUAUACCUGUAAUAAAUGCAGUCCUCAAAAAUG